CUUCUCUUCUGAGAACUACCUUGGCCUUGCUCAUCGGAACAGGAGACCCAGGCCAAAGAAGGCGCACCAGACGCAUACCAGUGCGCCCCCUGCCCGCUCCGUCCGCCUCCACCCGAGUCCGGAUGCAGGCGCCGGGCCGGGGCCCCCGCGGGCCGCUGCACACCAUGCCCGGGCGCCGGCAAGCGCUGCGAGAGCCGGCCGCCUGUGGCUCCUGCCUCGGGGCGGCGUUGGCCUUGCUGCUGCUACUGCUGCCCGCCUGCUACCCUGUGCGGGCGCAGAACGACACGGAGCCCAUCGUGCUGGAGGGCAAGUGCCUGGUGGUGUGCGACUCCAGCCCCUCGGCCGACGGCGCUGUCACCUCCUCCCUGGGCAUCUCGGUGCGCUCCGGCAGCGCCAAGGUGGCCUUCUCCGCCACGCGCAGCACCAACCACGAGCCAUCCGAGAUGAGCAACCGCACCAUGACCAUCUACUUCGACCAGGUAUUAGUAAACAUUGGCAACCAUUUUGACCUGGCCUCCAGUAUAUUUGUAGCACCAAGAAAAGGGAUUUAUAGCUUCAGCUUCCACGUGGUCAAAGUGUAUAACAGACAGACCAUUCAGGUCAGUUUAAUGCAAAAUGGCUACCCGGUGAUCUCAGCAUUCGCAGGAGACCAGGAUGUGACCAGAGAAGCUGCCAGCAAUGGUGUGCUGCUGCUCAUGGAGAGGGAGGACAAAGUGCAUCUCAAACUGGAGAGGGGCAACCUCAUGGGAGGCUGGAAGUACUCCACCUUCUCGGGCUUCUUGGUUUUUCCUCUAUAGACUCAGAGACUCGUGGAAGGCAGGGGCGUGGCCAUCUGGACCCAGGAACCCACAGCUUGCAACCUCCUGAACUCUCCGAGCAGGACAACUUGCUCCCAACCACCUUUGGACUGUUCGUCAGAAGAGUGGCUUCCUUCGGCACCUCCAGCGUUUUCUCUGAAUACUGACCAUUCUUCGGAAACCCAGCCUCUUACGUGUUUUAGACGACUAGGUCUGAAGGAGAACUGAGAGAUCGAUUGAAUAAUUUGUAGCUGUGAUUGUGAAGUCAAUAUCGGAUUUUCUUGUUGGAGACCAUUGACUUGAUCUCCUUUUGUUGGUUCUUUGUGUUGUCCCGAUGCAAGGAAUGCCGCUGAAGCCAGGACCCAGGGCAGGUUUUCACAGCAGGGCUCAGAGCCAGAACCCAGCCGAGAUCCGCCUACUGGGCAGUCCUUGACAUGUGUUCUGUGUGUGUCUGUAGAGCCUUAAGAAAAAGGACGGCUUCCCCUUCAGUCUGUUUUACUCCUGGGUGGUUGUG